GAGCGGUCGUCACACUUGGCGAGAGUGGCUAAACUACUCAUCCGCAAAGGCUGGAAGCCGGACAAAGAGUCGAUGGAGACGAAGACGAUUAAGGAGGAAGCCCCAGAGACUCCAGUGGUCAAGGAGGUGUCGUCCGUCACACAGCCUAGAUGUCGCAAAGGUGUGAAGGAGAGAGUCAAGUCUCCAGACAGUCCGGAAGGUGCGCGGGUCCGCAGCUCGCCCCCGCUGGUAGCCACCCCCACCCCGGCCCCCACUACACCUACCACCACCCCCACCAGCCAGCCUAACAGCCCCAAGCCUCCCUUCCAGAACGGCAACACCACGCCGCCGCUGUACUCUCAGAACGGCCAAACAAGCCCCGCGUUAUCAGUGUCUCUCUCGGACUCCACCCCUCUGGGUCGUCCCCUGGGCAAGGUCAAGAGGUUCCUCAGCACCUUGGUUCAGUUCGGCCAAGACAUCUCUCCAGACACCGGCGAGAGAGUCAAGAGCCUCGUCCUUAAUCUCGUUGGCGCGGGCCUGACCGUGGAGGAGUUCCAUCAUUCUCUACAAGACGUGACAAACUUCCCUCUCAGACCCUUCGUGCUGCCCUUCCUGAGAGCCUACCUACCAGCCCUGCAGAGAGAGCUUGGAGUUCACGCGCGCCUCAGUAAACAGACGAUUGCUCAGUACAUCAGACAACAUGAACACAGUGUUCUGGAUCCUGCCUACUCGCCUAGCGAACCUGGAGAGAUCUUCCAUCACACAGACAGCCACAGCCAUCCUGAGAAACGGAGAGCCGAGAGCUACUAUGAGAACGGACUGGAGGACGCUGUCUACCUUCCCCCGGCUCCUAAGAGGCCUCACCACUCCGGCCUGCUGUUUCCACUUCACCCUCUGGCACUACCUCCGACCCAUCUGCUUCAUCCGGACUACCAUCCCUCCACACCUUACCCUCCGUACCAUCACCCUCACAGAGAGACGGAGGAGGCGAGACGCAGCUACGGCGAGGACGAGUGGAAGAAUAUCCACGUGAUGCUUAACUGUAUCCUAAGUAUGGUAGAGAAGACCAAGCGAGCCCUGACAAUCCUACAGCAGAGGUCUAGUGAUGGUGGUGGAGCAGAGUGGCGGAGGACGACCCCCAGUGGCGGCGCUGUAGCGGGGCAUCCCUCAGCAGACGAUGUCAAGCGCACGGCCAGCGAGAUCAUGGCUCACACCAUCAGGCUGACGGAGGACAGGGUCGCUGAGGUGCGAAGGAAAGCAGAAGAGGCGGUGAACGAGGUGAAGAGGCAAGCAGUGGCAGAGUUACAACGGGCCGUCGCGGCGGCAGAGACAAAGGCGUGUGAGUUGGUGGCCUCUGAGCGAGCCAAGGUGGAGAAGCUGGUGGCCGACGCGCGGAAACACGCUGUUGAAGAGGCAGUGACUGUAGCAGCCGACAGAACUGAAUCUCCCCCCACCCCGUCACAACAGAAUAGUUGCUGGAACUGCGGUCGGAAGGCCAACGAGACUUGCAGCGGGUGUAACGUGGCGCGCUACUGUGGCGCCUUCUGCCAACACAAGGACUGGGAGACGCACCACGCGGUGUGUUGCGCCAAGCGGCCGCCAGUCAGCGCACCGCGCACCACCACCACUCCUCCCGCCACUCUACCUGCACCGACCAAGUGACGCCGACAUCACCGCCUCACUGCUAAACUCAAGAAGCCAUGAACUAGACAAAGAUACAGGCUACUUAGGCAAUAUGUU